AAAGCAGAAGCCAAUGCUCCAGCACCCAUGACCCCAAAACCGCUUUCCGCACGCAUACGCCUCUGGCUGCGUCUCUGGAUGUUCAAACUCACCAUCCGCAGCUUACUGGGCACCCUACGCUUCUUCCGCUACAAAGGCAUGGGUUCUCUUCAACCCACCUAUCGCAAAGCCAUUGGAUCUGCUGGUCUAACCCACGAUAUCUGGAUGCCUGACAAUGUUGCGUCAAGCGACAAAUUGCCUUUGUACAUCGAUAUCCACGGCGGAGGAUUUGCAAUCGGUGACCCCUUCCACGACGAGACUUGGUGCGAGUUUUUGAGACAGAGGGGUAUUGUGGUGAUUAGCUGCGACUACAGAAAAUCUCCCUCCUAUGCUUUUCCCACGCAAACUGAAGAUCUGACUGAAGUGGUCACUGCCAUUAUGUCCGACUCUUCAUUACCUGUGGACAAGACCAAGAUCGCCAUGGGAGGCUUUUCCGCAGGAGGCAAUCUAUCUCUGUCGGUUGCGCAAGAAAAAAGUUUACAGGGUAGAAUCAAGGCAUUGUUGCUUUGGUACCCUUCGACGGACUUUUCGGCAAAGUAUAGAGGCGAGAUGAGAGAUGCGCCGGAUGGAACUCCUGAUGUGCUUGCCAAGAGCGGAGAACUGUUUACCUAUGGUUAUCUCCCUCAUGGCGUUGAUCUCUGCGAUCCGCGUCUCUCUCCCAUCUACGCCGACCGCACUCUGCUGCCUGAAAAGCUGCGUUUCGUGGGUGCCGAAUACGAUGUCUUAUGCAAUGAAGCGCAUGAGACGGCGAAACUGUACUCUGAGCAUGAGAAGGGAGAGCAAGAGCACGGAGAUGUCUCGGAAGAUAAAAAGCAGGGAGUGCAGAGUUGGAGGAGGGGAAAUGUCUGGUGGGAGGAGGUAUUGGAUGCGCAGCAUGGGUUCAACUAUGUGACGAAGAAGGAGCCAGAGGCUGAGAAGGAGAGAAAGAGGGUUACGGCUUUGGCUUAUGAGAGGGCUUGUGCGUGGUUGAAGGAAGAGGUG